AUGACACGUCGACUGGCUGCGACUACAACUCGUGAUGAUGAAAGUCGACUCUUGCCCUCGAGACAGAUCAACCUGUUUAAAGGCUGGCCAAAUCCAGGACUGCUACCGCCCCAAGAACUCAACAAAGCGUCCGAGGACAUUCUCACCGACCCGCGAAAUAAGGAUGUAUUAUUCUAUGGACCGGACGAAGGUUACAAACCCCUCAGAGAGGAAAUUGCGAGGUGGUUGACCGAUUUCUAUAGGCCUAGCAAGCCAAUACCAACCGAGCGGAUAUGCAUCACUGGGGGUGCCAGCCAAAAUCUUGCGUGCAUCUUGCAGACCUUUACUGAUCCGCUCUACACUCGAAACAUAUGGAUGGUCGCUCCUACGUACUUCUUGGCCUGUCGAAUAUUCAAUGAUGCAGGUUUUGACGGUCGCUUGCGAGCUGUCCCCGAGGAUGACGAGGGAAUCGAUUUGAGCUAUUUGGAGCGAAGCCUGCACCAGAGCGAUAUGCUGGCGGAAGCAAUGACCAACACCCACCCUCGACUGAAGGCUCCCAAGCCGUGGCGAAAGAUUUACAAGCACAUCAUCUAUGCCGUGCCAACAUUCUCCAAUCCCUCAGGCCGUAUAAUGAGCCUGCGGCAUCGUCAAGGCCUGGUCAGACUUGCCCGGAAAUACGAUGCAUUGAUUGUGACAGACGAUGUCUACGAUAUGCUUCAAUGGCCCUCUGACCCGGGUGCAAAGCCAUCACCCAUGGACACGGCCCUGCUCCCGAGAAUCGUAGACAUAGACCGAGAGCUUGAUGGUGGACCUCUGGAUCUCUUUGGCAACGCUGUUAGCAACGGAAGCUUCAGUAAGAUCGUAGCACCAGGCUGCCGGACAGGAUGGGCUGAAAGCAGUGAAAAACUGACCUAUGGCGUGUCGCAGACUGGAUCAAGUCGAUCUGGCGGCGCACCUUCACACCUGGUUGCAUCGUUCAUCUACAAGAUGCUGUCAACAGGUACUCUGCAAAACCACAUAUUUCGAGAACUGCAGCCCGCAUAUGCGCGUCGCUUUCAUACCAUGAUGACUGCAGUCAGGAGACACUUGUUCCCACUCGGAGUGACCAUGCCUCAGGUGGACAACGAUGUUGCAGGUGGAUACUUCAUUUGGCUAAUCUUGCCCCGACCAUUGGACUCGUCCAGAGUCUCUCAACUUGCGCUGGCGUAUGAGAAUCUGGUGAUUUGCGCUGGCGAGAAAUGCAAAGUGGAGGGCGACGAACAAAAUGAAGGAAACAGGUUUCAAACACAUCUCCGUCUAUGUUAUGCAUGGGAGGAUGUUGAUGUCCUGGAAGAGGCAUUGAUUCGUUUGCAACGCGUGAUACGGCGGGAGAUGACCAGGUCAAAUGGGGUUGCAGCGUGA